AUGCCGACACCUCCGGGGAGAGAACGUAGCAUGGAAAAUCCUUGCAUUGCAGUUUCGUUUGCUCCGGCGGACGAUUGUCCGUUGCCUCCGGCAGAUUGUGCAACAGUGCUGCUUGCUUUAGCUCCCAUCCCAGUCUUGAGUGACGACAACGUUUUCCUUAAUCUCGAGGAAAGCUCGAAAAUUUCCUUCCAACUUUUGAAAAUUUUCUCCCCCGAUCGAAGGAGAGAGAGAUCGACGUUCCGAAUAUUCGUCUUGGCAGUGAUACUACGCGCACUGACACGAUUCUUCCAAACAGUCCUGGUUCUCUCGUCUCUUUCGACGAUCGCCGUCGAGCGUUACAUCAAUUAUUCGCAAAUAGCUGCGAGAGUUGUUAGACGAGCUUUGAAAGCGGAUCUUCGAUCGGAAGCCCUGAAACGUGACGAAGUAAACGUAAAGUUCACUCGAUGGAAAGAUGGCAAACCUGCUAGUGAGUACCGUUUCUGUCCAUCUUACUCGCGACGCUACUGUAAUUGUAAUUUUCAAUUUAUUUUACGUUAUAUCUUGUUACACGCUUUGUUGCGCGUUGUAUCGUUACGUUCUAUAUUCCGGUUACUUGAAAUUCUUAUUUUUCGAAGCAACGAAAAGGUACGUUUCACGUACGACCAGAAAGAUGGACGCGCGACGAACGUACGUGACGAAACGUACGAAAUUGUUACGUAAAAUACAUACGCGAUAUCUACGUUUCGCUCGAUCGCGUUUCUCCUCAAUUUCACGAAACGAUCGAGUAAGAUAGUUUGUCGAUGACCCGCGUUAACGAUACGAUGCGUGUGUGUUUUAUUUUUAUACGAUUGUUGUAACGAUAAUUUUGAUUACAGCUGAAAAGCAACAAUCGUAA